UCUCUGCAUAAGACUAGAGAGAGAGUGUAAGAGAGAGAAGUUUGAGGCUCUCGACUUCUCAACACAAAGAAAGGAGAGAUCGAGAAAUGAGAAAGAAAGAGCGCAAGAGGAGAGAGAACCAGAGGCGAGUGAGUGACACAGAGAUGGAGAGAGAGAGAGAGAGAAACAGAGCAGCUGUACUAUGACUCAGAUAAAGUAGCCUUGGAUAUUUGGUCACGUUGAUUCAGUUCUUUGCAGGCGAAACAAUAAUCAGCGACAACGACAGCAGCAAAAGGAAAGAAGACCCAUCAUCAUCCUUUGGGGCUUUCGAAAAAUUUUGAAGCUCGAAAAGGGGUUUUUGUUCUUGGAGCUUCAGACUUCGAAGGCAAGAAAAAAUAAGAGGGAUUUCGGUGCCUAUUUUGUAACCGAAAUUGGAAGCUGCCGAUAUUUGUGAGAGGGCGAAAAGAAAAUAAAAAAGAGAAAGGGCAAUUCAUAUUCGUUACUGAAAAUAUAACUACUCGCUAAUUAUUAUCAUUACUCGCUCGCAUAACUGUUUUGUCUGGGGCCCGACCACUUCUCAAGCGGAUACAGGUUUGGAAGAUGGCGAUCUGUACACAGAGUUAUGGAAGUUGUGCGCAGGGCCUCUGGUGGAUGUUCCUCGUGCUGGGGAGAGAGUCUUUUACUUCCCUCAGGGUCACAUGGAACAAUUGCAAGCAUCAACGAAUCAGGAAUUGAACCAACAGAUUCCCCAUUUCAAUAUUUCAUCUAAGAUUCUAUGCCGUGUUAUGCACAUUCAGCUAUUGGCGGAACCAGACACUGAUGAAGUUUAUGCUCGCAUUACUUUGCUUCCAGAAUCAGAUCAAACUGAGCCUACGAGCUCCGAUCCAUGUCCACCUGAGACUCGGACUCAGGCUUUUCAUUCAUUUUGCAAAAUACUAACGGCAUCAGAUACUAGCACGCAUGGAGGGUUUUCAGUUCUGCGGAAGCAUGCUAAUGAGUGCUUGCCUCAAUUGGACAUGACCCAAGCAACCCCAACUCAGGAGUUGGCAGCAAAGGAUCUUCAUGGGUUUGAGUGGAAAUUUAAGCAUAUAUUCCGAGGUCAACCAAGGAGGCACUUGCUUACGACUGGCUGGAGUACAUUUGUCACUUCCAAAAGACUGGUAGCUGGAGAUGCAUUUGUGUUCCUGAGGGGGGAGAACGGGGAACUGAGAGUUGGUGUCCGGCGCCUUGCCCGGCAACAGAGUCCAAUGCCUUCAUCGGUGAUAUCAAGCCAGAGCAUGCAUCUUGGAGUGCUUGCCACUGCUUCCCAUGCUGUUGCCACUCGUACCAUGUUUGUAGUUUACUACAAACCAAGGACCAGACAAUAUAUAAUUGGUUUAAACAAGUUUCUGGAGGCGAUCAACAAUAAAUUCGCGGUUGGCAUGCGUUUCAAGAUGAGAUUUGAGGGAGAUGAUUCGCCUGAGAGAAGGUUUUCAGGAACUAUUGUUGGUGUUGGCGAUUUAUCUCCAGAGUGGCCAGACUCAAAGUGGAGGUCAUUGAAGGUCCAAUGGGAUGAACCUGCAACAAUCUCAAGGCCAGAGAGAGUUUCUCCCUGGGAGAUAGAACCUUUUGUGGCUUCUGCACCUGUAAAUCUCGUUCAACCGCCAGUGAAGAGCAAAAGACCUCGACCUGUUGAUGUACCAUCUUCCGAAAUGGUUUCCAAUUCAGCUGCUUCAGCUUUCUGGUAUCACGGAUCAUCCCAGUCCCAUGAACCUGCUCAAUUAGGUGGCGCAACAGAAGCCCAUAGCAAUGAGAUCCAGGUUUUAUGGAACGCAAUGAACAACACUAGUUCCUGUAACUCUAGAUUCCGUGUUGAAGGAGCGUGGCCUCCAUCACAUUUGAACAUCUCUUCAAACUGUCUUCCUGACCCGAAAAACAACAAAUCUGUUACAGCUCAUCCAUCUGUCCCUGGUUAUCCUCCUGUCUCUUCUUGGCCAAAUGAUGCUCCAGCAUAUGAUCAAAUUGAGAAUGGGAAGAAAUCUGAGAACGCUGUGGGGUGCCGGCUAUUUGGAGUGAAUUUGACUAACAACUCUAAUAAUGUUGCUCCUCUAGAGAAAGAGUCAAGAGGCUGUACUGCUAGCCCUAGUGGUUCCAAAGAAUCUAUUCCAUGUGAAGCUAAGUCAAAUCAGAAUCCCAAUUGUUCAGUGUACCAAAAGGAGCAGAAGCAAGAAGCAUCUAAUGCAUCACCAAAUGAGAGACAGAGCAGGCAGGCAUCUUUACCAGCCACGAGGACUCGGACAAAGGUACAAAUGCAAGGAGUGGCUGUUGGUCGUGCUGUUGACUUGACUAUGUUGAAUGGCUAUGACAAUCUGAUUGAAGAGCUGGAAAAGUUGUUCGACAUUAAAGGAGAGCUUCGUACACAGAACAAAUGGGCUGUUACUUUUAGAGAUGAUGAGAAUGACAGGAUGCUUGUGGGCGAUGAUCCAUGGCCUGAGUUUUGCAAAAUGGUGAAGAGGAUCAUAAUAUAUUCAAGCGAGGAAGUGAAGAAGAUGAAUGCAACGUGCCCGGUUCCUCCAUCUUCAUCAGAGGAUGAUGAAACUCUGAUCACUCUGAACUCGCAGAAUAAGGAUGAAAGUCAGUAAAUUUAGUCUCUUUUGACUGUUCAACUUUUUUUUUUUUGUUUUUUGUUUUUGGGGGGGUUGUUUGUGUGAGGGAAGGGAUUGGGGAAGGGUGUCUUAAGAUAAUUUGGGUUUGUUUAAAUUUGUGGAACUCACAAGAACAGUGAAGUAGUGCUUAAGCAUUUUAAGUAGAAUUCAAUAAUAGUGUGUCAUGUUUGCAUGCAAUUCUUGUUGCUGCUUUGUUAGUAGCAUCAUACAUGCAAGAAUGCCUCUAUAAAAAUUUAACUUAUGCUAAA